AUGGAGCCCCGUGUCCCCCUGGGCGCUGCCACCGGUGGUGACCGGGCGAGCGUCACCCCCGGGGCCCUCAGCCCGGCCCCGCCCCGCACAGAAACUUUCCGUCGGCGCCGGGCGCUCGGCGGGAGCCCGGAGCGGGGCCGGGGCCGCAGCCGGAGCCGAGCCAGCCGAGCCGAGCCGGGCGGGCCCGGCCCUAUGGGCAGCGGCUGCCGGCGGUGCGGGCGGUGCGGGGCGCUGCCCGCGGCCAUGUCCGCCGGGGCUGCACCUGCGGCGGGCGGCGAGCGGGACCCGGAGCGGGGCGGCGGCGGCGGCGGCGGCUCGGAGGGGGCUCCCGGGGAUCCCCCCCGGAAGAAGAAGGCCCGGGCGAACUCGCUGCGCCGGGCGUUCAGCUGGCUCCGGGGCCGGCGGCGGCCGCCCAAGGACGGCUCGGGAGGGACGGAGGGAGCAGUGGUGGUGGCAGUGGCCAUGGUGGCCGUGGUGGCCGUGGUGGCAGCAGGAUGGAUCCGGCAGUCCCUGGCACGAUCUGGCCCCGGCCCCGGGGGCUGGUGCCGGUUCACUGGAUAG